AUGUCUAGCGAUCGUGAGCUCAAGUUCUUCAUGGCCCGCGUUGCCGAUCAAGCCGAACGCCACGAAGAUGUCAUCCAGUACAUCAAGGAAAUCAUCGAUAUCGAUCCAAAGCUUUCUCUUGAUGAGCGCAAUCUUCUCUCUGUCGCUUACAAGGCCCUCACAGGCAACCGCCGUACAGCUCUCCGCUCUGUCAACGCUUUCCUCGAAGACCCAUCAAUCCAGGGCGCCAAGGAACGCGAGAACCGCCUUAUCGAACUUCGUAACUCUCUCAUCAAGGAGCUCGAUGACUACUGCAAUUCUAUCGUUAAGUUCGUCGAUGACAAGCUCCUCCCAGCCGCUGACGAUGCUAUUUCUAAGGUAUUCUACUGGAAGCUUAAGGCAGACUAUUUCCGCUACUCCGUUGAAUUCAAGGACGAGGCCGCCCGCGCUCAGGGCUCUGAGGCCGCCAAGAAGGCUUACGAAGAGGCUAUGAAUCUUGCUAAGGACCUCUCCAAGGCUAAUCCACAGUACCUCGGCCUUGCCCUCAACUACUCUGUAUUCCUCUACGAAAUCAUCGGCCAGAAGAAUGAAGCUAUCGAGCUUGCAGACAAGUCCUUCAAGGAAGCUGUUGGUCUCAUCGACAAGCUUGAAGAAGAUGAGUACUCAGAAGCUACACUCAUCCUUCAGCUUCUUAAGGACAAUGUUCAGCUCUGGACUGAUGACCAGAAUGCCGAGUAA